GUGAGUAAGAGGGAGAGAGAAAGAGCGCGAGCGCGCGCGGGGAGCUGAACUCCGUGGAAUUGUUUACACUUUUAUUUAUUAUUAUUAUUUUCCCCCCUGUUGUUUGAGGUGUAGACUCAGGUGAGAAACUAUUUCGAGAAGAAAUUCGGAAUUAACUCGGCUGAAAGAGGAUUCCGGCCACACCUGAAGUUUCCCCCAUGACACCUGUCGCUGGUGUUUGUGUUCACGCGCGAGCGCAAAGUAACACCAGGUGGACGGCAUCCAUGUUAGGGCUGUUCUGUGUAAUAUAGCGUUAAAAAUAGAAAUAUUAUAGCGAUUAUAGUGUUGUUAUUUGUUAUUUUUUACCGUGAGAAUGAAAGUGACUGUGAACUUUGGGAGCACUGGAGUCGUGGUGCCGUGUAAAGACGGCUGGAUUGUGCGGGACCUGAUGGACCAAGCCACUCAGCGGUACAAGAAAAUAGUCGAACAGGAUGGGGAGUUUCUGGUGCGUACACAUCAUGUGGAGUACGCUGACGGGGGGAUUCUCGACCCCGACGACAAGCUCGCGGACCUGCUCGAGGACAAGGACAAGCUGAUAGCGGUGUACGAGGAGAUGGAGCUCCAGCCGAGGAUGCCGGUUAGCCCGGGCAGUAGCGUGGCGUCCGGAUACUCCAGCCCAUACACCUCCGACCCCGAGCUGGGCGUCCUGCGUCCCUCAAUGGGCACAGAGAUCGAGGUCACUUCCAGCACCCUCAAAUCAAACACGCCUCUGAUGGUCAGGAGCAACAGUGAACUGGUGCUGUCACGCACGCUGGACACCGGGAGUCGAGAUACUGAAAGUAACAACAACAGACCAACAACAACGGGAGCAGGCCAUGUUCUAACAGUGAAGAGUGGAACCGUGGGCUCACCGGGAGAAGACAUGAUGAACAGGAGGAACAACAACAGCAGCAGCAGGCUCACGAGAACAGUGGACAUUUCUGGAGACAUGGGACCUCUGGGAAUUAAAGUUGUACCUUAUCUGUCUUCACUGAGUGGACGGACGCUGGGCCUUCACGUUAAAGGCAUCGAGGAGAACAGUCGGACGAAGAGAGAGGGCAUCUUCGAGGAGGACGAGUGCAUCGUACAGAUCAACGGCACCGAGCUCAUAGACAAGUCUUUCGCUCAGUCUCAGGAGAUGUUCCGUCAGGCCAUGUCGUCGCCGGUCGUGAGAUUGGAGGUCCUCCCCGUGUCCAACAAGCUCCAGUUCGAGAAGAGCCUCAUCAGCCAGAUCUUCAACAGCCUUGACUCCGCCCAAGCCGUCGGCCCUAAACCCAAGAGCCCCUUCCUGCUUCGGAAAGCCGACGCUACACCCUCUGACCCCGCCCCUUCCACGUCCUCCUUCUCCUCUCUGACUCCGCCUCCGAGAGAGGAGCCCGUCAUGAGACGCAGCCCCGUGGUGGUGGAGCGUCGCGAGCAGACCCCGCCUCCUCCUGUCAGUGCCUCGCCCACACCCAGGAGUCGCAGCGAAAGCCCCGCCUCCACUGUAAACCCCGCCCUUAUAGCGCUAGCGAACGCUAAUAAGAAAGGUGGCAGGAAGAUGAUCAAUUUAACAAAAGGUCCGGAUGGUCUGGGCUUCACCGUGGUGACCCGAGACUCUGUGGUACACGGGCCUGGACCCAUCCUGGUGAAGAGCAUCCUGCCCCGCGGUGCUGCUGUGAGAGACGGACGCCUGCAGUCCGGGGACCGAAUCCUCGAGGUAAACGGCGUGGACAUCAGUGGUUACAGACAGGAGGAACUGGUAGCGAUGUUACGCAGCACCAAGCUGGGAGAGACCGUCUCACUGUUAGUGACCAGACAAGAGGAACCCUUCUUACCACGGGAACUGAAAGGAGAGCAGCCUGGUCCGGUCCUGUCCGAGGAUGGCCGGGAGCACCUGAUGUACGAGAUUCCUGUAAAUGACUCGGGGUCGGCUGGACUCGGCGUCAGUCUGAAGGGCAACAAGUCCAGAGAGACGGGCGAGGACCUGGGCAUCUUCGUCAAGUCCAUCAUCCACGGAGGAGCUGCUUUUAAGGACGGGCGCCUGCGUGUGAACGACCAGCUCGUGGCAGUCAAUGGCGAAUCCCUUCUCGGCCGAUCCAACAACGAUGCCAUGGAGACUCUGAGACGUUCUAUGUCCAUGGAAGGGAACCUGCGAGGAGCCAUCCAGUUAAUUAUCCUUCGUGCUAUGGACCAAUCCCCUGCCCAGGAGAGACGACAAGAUGGCGGUCAGAGUCAGACCAGAGAGCCUUCCCCAGCUCCGUCCGCGCAGAAUAACCCGAGCAACGGCGUCGCUCAUCCACCCAUGGUCAUCAACAGCAUCUACGCCCGUGCUCCAGGUCCCGCGGCAGCGUCCAACGGCAGACCCGGGGUGUACGAUGACGACUCUGAGGACGAUGAGUUCCCGACUCAUCCUCACGAUAUGGAGUCAGACUUCAACCCACAACGGAGAUACAUGCAAAGCAGACAGGAACGAGAGCUCGUCUCCAACGCAGGACGUCCGACACAUCAACUUCAACACACACGCCGACUACCGGAGCAUUAUACGCCACAGGCUUCCAAAAGCAUGGAUCUGGUGGCAGAUGAGGGCAACGUUGGUGGCAGGCAAGCACAGAAACCUGCCCCCGUGACGUCUCUGGGACCGACGUUGGGACUACAAAAGUCCAGCUCACUGGAGAGUUUGCAGACAGCCAUGGAGGAAGCCAGUAAGAACAGCGUUCCCUUCCACCGGCCCGCCGGUCCCAUGGUACGCGGCCGCGGUUGCAACAUGAGCUUCCGGCAGGCCAUCGACAAGUCCUACGACGGACCCUCGGAGCCUGAGGACGAUUACUCCGAGGACACCUCGGGCAGGGACACGCCCGUCAGCGGCUCCUCACGCCAAGAACUGGAGGACGGAGGCAAAGAGAAAAAGAAGAAGACCAAAAAGAAGAAGGAGGAGAAGAAGACCAAGGCGAAGAAGAAAGACGACGCCGAUGAGCCGGACAAGAAGACGAAGAAGAAGGGUUUUGGACUCCUGAGAUUUGGCAAAAAGAACAAAUCGAAGGGAAAGUUGGGAUCGCUGAGUGAAGAGGAGUUCAAUAAGAGCGAGCCAGAAAUGUCCACGGAAGCGGACGCGCCGGCUCCGUCCCGCAGACACCUGCCCGACGUGGAAGACGACGAUUUCGACCCGAACUACGCUCGCAUCAAUAACUUCAGAGACCCGCCCCCUCCUAGCCACGCCUCCUAUCCAAACCGCAUGCCCGCUCCUCAUUAUGUCCCACCCACAGGCCCCGCCUACAACAUGCCCCCGAGUAGUGAGGACCCACGGGAAGGACUCUACGCCAAAGUCAACAAGAUAAAGCCUCCCUCGCAGCCGACACCCGAGAGUAAUGAAGCUCGUCUGCAGCAGAUCCGGAGUCAGUUACAGCAGAUGAAACCUUCUCCAUCGUACGCCGAGUCAGGGGCAGGACAGCGGCUGCAGGAAUACGAUCCCUCACGGAUAAGAGGCCCCGAGCUCCGCACGGCUCCAAGAUAUGAAGACGUCGAACGGCAGGUUGCGUCUGCACCCAGGCGAACGGCUGUGGAAGGCUACAAAGAAGCAGACCGCUACCUGAACCCUAGUCCGAAAUACAACGCGAGGCAAACCCCCCAGCCGGGCUCGAAUCGUCCUCCCGUAGACCGCUCUGGCCCUCUGAGAUACGACAUGCCCCCACCCGCCUCUCCGGGCCAGCAGGCGGUGCCGAGCUACGACGCGGCGAUCAAAGCCGGCAGUCGCAUGGCCGGUCCCAAUCAGUACGCCGCGUAUGAAGACGGGCAGUAUCCGAACCAUCGGACCAAGAACCCAGCCAUCGGCGCCGUGUAGAACAACAGUGUAGUGGUUAUUUCCAUAUAGGGUAGGGGGUAUAGCUAGUCCCCCAAGCUGUUUUUGUACAGUAAAAUGUUCUUCUUUUCUAAAAAAAAAAAAAAAAGAUGGUCUACUCUGGAUCACUCUCUGCAAGGUAAACCCUUUGGUGUUUUAUAGAAUCCAGACAUGGUUCCUGGUGCCGUUAGCUGUUAGCGUCUGGUCCGACUGUAGACAAACCACUCGUCUGUGGUUUCCGAUGGUCUUUAUCCGUGCGGUUUCCCUCAUGGUCCCAGCGUGCGUGUUUUACCCUGGCUGUAUCAUCCCGGAGACCCGUUCCGAGCGGGACGCCACCGGGAUGGAGACGGUUAACACGAAAACGAGGACGUGUUACCAAUUAGGUUCUGAACUUUCCUCUUUUUUUUUUUUUUUCGUUCUUUCUUUCUUUUCUACAUGUAGCGAUGCUCGAAGCUGUAAAUCUUAUUAUUUCGCUUCCCUUUAAUGAAGGAAGCUCCAGGGUGAGUGCAGUGCCAAAUGAAGAAGAAGAAGAAUAAUAAUAAUAAAAAAAAGAAAAGAAAGAGGAAUGUCGUGUGAAAUUGUGUGAAGAGGUUGUUAAAUUUUUUUAUUAAACCUUUCUUGAUAGAUACGACGAUAUGUUUUAUUUUGAGUUUUUAUGGUGAAACGGAUCCUGCGACUGUUUGUUUUUUUGGUUUUUUUUUGAAUGGUGGACAAUUUUGCACGUUUUUUUUUUUUCUCUCUUAAAUUUCUUACAGAGUAACACUUUCUUUUCUUUUUUUUUUUUUUUAAUUUGCUGUAAAAAUUCCAAACGCUGCCUUUUUUUUGUUGUGUUUUUUUUUUGUUGUUGUUGUGUUCCCCUCUCUUCCCCCCUUUCCAGUCUUUUUCCCCCGUCACGUAUGAACGAAGUGUGAAGUUUCUACCACAGAAUUCGAACCGAAACGGAAGGUACCUUUCGCGUCCUGCUUUUUCUUUCCAUGUAUUUAUUUCAGAAAGUUUUAUUUUUAAACAGAGAGAACAAAUGAUCAGAUAUAUGAAGCUAUGAUAACCGUGUGUGUGUGUGUGUGUGUGUGUGUGUGUGUGUGCGCUUUAGUCCAGAAGGAAAGGAUUAUCUGAAUGUGUUAAUAUAUUGAGAAAUCAGUGUGACGGUGUAUCAUUGACGAAAGAGUCGAUUCUUUUAUUUCUUGUUUUGCAUUCGUAAUAAAACAUCAUCGUUCAUUAA